ACGUCUUUUAUUAAAAAAUGCCAACCAAUCAACCAUUCUAAGCCUCUUCUAUCUAGUUCAGUCUUUGAGCUUGCCGGCAUAUCAAUGGCCAAAAUUGCAUUGGGAUGCGUUGGCGAGGCGACUCAGCCCGACUGCAUCCGAGCCCUCGUCGUCGAGUUCAUCACCACCUUCCUUUUCAUCUUUGUUGGUGUCGGAUCAGCCAUAACUGCCAAUACACUACUAGGAAAUGCACUCGUGGGAUUGCUCGCUGUCGCUGUCGCACAUGCGCUGGUUGUGGCUGUGAUGAUCUCCGCCGGCCACAUUUCCGGUGGCCAUCUCAACCCCGCCGUCACCCUCGGUCUCCUUUUUGGUGGUCAUAUCACAGUUGUCCGAUCCGCUUUAUAUUGGAUCAUUCAGUUGCUAGCAGCGUCUGCGGCUAGUUUUCUGUUAUCUUACCUCACCGGAGGCUCCGCUAUUCCAGUUCACACAUUAGCAAGUGGAGUUGGCUAUCUUCAGGGAGUGAUAUGGGAGAUUAUUCUCACUUUCUCCUUGCUGUUCACUGUCUACGCAACAAUGGUUGAUCCAAAGAAGGGAGCUCUUGAUGGGUUGGGUCCAAUGUUGACUGGGUUCGUGGUGGGGGCUAACAUCUUGGCUGGUGGGGCCUUUUCUGGAGCUUCAAUGAACCCAGCAAGAUCAUUUGGCCCAGCUUUGGUGGCUGGAGACUGGACUGACCACUGGGUUUACUGGGUUGGACCUCUUAUUGGUGGAGGACUUGCUGGGUUCAUCUAUGAAAAUUUCUUCAUUGAGAGGUCUCAUGUGCCUCUGCCUAGGGCAGAGGCCGAGUAUUAAAGUCUCCUAUGCUCUGGCUGAUGCAGUUUGUGUUAAUGAAUUAGAACAUUAAGAGGAAGAACUUGAAUGUAAUAAUGGAUGUAAUGGGGUGAAGAGGGUGGGUUGUUAAGUGUCACGUUUUCUUAAUUAAUGAAAUUAUUUAUGCUAUUUAGUUUAUGGGUGAGGUAAAGGUCUAAUGGAUGUAUCUUAUGGCUACUAAAUUUUUCUGAGUUGUGCUUGCUACCUGCUUAAAUCUCGAUCUUAUC